AUGGGACAGCUGAGCCCUUUCCGCCGCCCCCGCUUUGGCUACUGUCGCAGGCAAGAAGACUGUGACGGCCUCUGCGUUGCCCGCCGCAGCCGCAGCCCGUACCCUGGGCGACGGUCGGAGCUGGUCUUGGUCGGGGUGCGAGAGGCUGAGCAGCGGCCAUUACGGCGCAGCCUCUUGAGCGGGUGCCGUGUCGCCGCCUUUGGUGGCAGCCAGGUCCCUGUCCUCCUCCUCGGCGGUGGUGUCAGUCCUCUACCAGGGGACGGUGAUGGUUUGGGGGGUAACUUGCCCCCUGGUUACCAGGUCAAGCACUUUGGGCCUUGGGUCAGCUCUGAGCUAGGGCAUGCAGUCCCUCCGUUUUAUCUUGACCCGGAGUGUCUUUGGCUACUGCUUUCUCUCCUCUCUUCCUCCUCCUUCGGCUCAGUGUUUGGGUCUUGACUAAUACGUGGAGAGCAAGCCGUCCACCCUGCCCUGGUAAAACCCAGCGCUGCAUAUUCUUAGUUGUUUUGACGGUUGUUAGAGCAUCGGAACAAUUAAGAGAUCUCAGAGUACCCGUCGAGCGUCCCCAGCCUCUGUGCAUCUUGAAAGCCGAGGCUGUUGCUUUGUUCUUCCGGUUGCUGGGUCCGGAGCUCUCUUCCUAUCCUCCAUCCCGUCUGAAAGAGUGCGGGUCUUCCAUUGUUGUCGCUGUUUAAUUCUCCUGCGGCUUCUGGAGAAAGGCUGUAAGAUUGUUUUCGAAUGUGUGGAGAUGGAACCGUCCUCUGCACAGGUAAACUGCAGCACAAAGAAUGAACCAGCAGUGGAAGAGAAAAAACUGCAAGCUGGCUGACAGCUGGUAAAGAAGAUGUUUUAUUUUUGUGGCAGGCAUCUGUGGGAUCUGUAGUAGAAAUGAUGGCUGGCUGUGGUGAAAUUGAUCACUCAAUAAACAUGCUUCCUACAAACAGGAAAGCAAAUGAGUCCUGUUCUAAUUCCACACCUUCUCUAACCGUCCCUGAAUGUGCCAUUUGUCUGCAAACAUGUGUUCACCCAGUCAGUCUGCCCUGUAAGCAUGUUUUUUGCUAUCUGUGUGUAAAGGGAGCUUCAUGGCUUGGAAAACGAUGUGCCCUUUGUCGACAAGAAAUUCCUGAGGAUUUCCUUGAUAAGCCAACUUUGUUGUCACCAGAAGAACUCAAGGCAGCAAGUAGAGGAAAUGGUGAAUAUGCAUGGUAUUAUGAAGGAAGAAAUGGGUGGUGGCAAUAUGAUGAACGCACUAGUAGAGAGCUGGAAGAUGCUUUUUCCAAAGGUAAAAAGAACACUGAAAUGUUAAUUGCUGGUUUUCUCUAUGUUGCUGAUCUUGAAAAUAUGGUUCAAUAUAGAAGAAACGAGCAUGGACGUCGCAGGAAGAUUAAGCGAGAUAUAAUAGAUAUACCAAAGAAGGGAGUAGCCGGACUUAGGCUGGACUGUGACGCUAAUACCGUAAACCUAGCAAGAGAGAGCUCUGCUGAUGGAGCGGACAGUAUAUCAGCACAGAGUGGAGCUUCUGUUCAACCUUUAGUGUCGUCUUCUGUAAGGCCCCUAACAUCAGUAGAUGGUCAGUUAACAAGCCCUGCAACGCCAUCCCCUGAUGCAAGUGCUUCUCUGGAAGACUCUUUUGCUCAUUUACAACUCAGUGGAGACAACAUAGCUGAAAGGAGUCACAGGGGGGAAGGAGAAGAAGAUCAUGAAUCACCAUCUUCAGGCAGGGUACCAGCACCAGACACCUCUAUUGAAGAAACCGAAUCAGAUGCCAGUAGUGAUAGUGAGGAUGUAUCUGCAGUUGUUGCACAGCACUCCUUGGCCCAACAGAGACUUUUGGUUCCUAAUGCAAACCAGACAGUAGCUGACCGAUCAGAUCGAUCAGGAGCUGAUCGAUCAGUAGCAGGGGGUGCAACAAUGAGUGUCAGUGUCAGAUCUAGAAGGCCUGAUGGACAGUGUACAGUAACUGAAGUUUAAAUAAAAAAAUCUUCAGAUCCUUGCUCAAGGUUGAAGUGGUUAUCUGUAAAAUUCUGCCCACAUAACAUUAUACUCAUCCCUAGUAGUACAUUUUGGGACUUGGGUGGGAAGGGGUAUGGGAAGGAUAGAUCUAUAAUUAAAAUGUUUAACAUGUCUCUGUUGAGAAAUGUAUUUAAUGUAAGGAACUUGGGUGUUAAUAGUUGAGAGCUGUUUAAUAAUAACCCAGUUUUCUUGAGUUCUGUUUGUAGUUUUGUUUUGUUUUUUUUUAAAGUUUCUUUAGUUCUUUUGGCCAGUGUGUGUGUGUAUUAUCUGUGCAUUAAUGGUCCUCAUCUGACGCUUGCAUUGUCUUAUUUUUCUGCAUGAAUUGGCAUAAACCAUUACUAAAAUUUGGCACUUAUGAGAUCUUUGAUAUAAUGAGCAGGAAGUAUAAUUUAAUGUGAGAAUAGAUGUGAAUUUGGGAUUUUAAAAUAGAUGAAUAACAACUAUUUUGUAGUACAGUUAUUGAAAUGGAAAUGUAAAGAAAACAGCUAAUAACUUAUGUUUUGGAAUCUUUGUAACACACUUCAUGGCAUUAUCAUAGGCUUUGCUGUCUAGUCCUUGUAGUUUGAGUUUCUCUUGGUCUGCAUUUUUCUUUUUGAUUACAAACUUUAUAAUUUAAUAAAUUCUAGAGUUUAUCAAAAAAUAAUUUGUCUUGUUUGAGUCUGGGAAGGGGAUGGAAACUUUUUGAUAUUUGUGGCCAAAGGUGGUGGUUUGAAUUGGUUGUAUGUAGCUUAAAUAGUCACCUGCUGAGAAAAGUUUGAUUUCUUCAUAGAGACUGUUUAAUCUACAGGCAGUUUGUAUGGAAUAAAUACGUAUGGAAAAAUAAAC